CCCACACUCCUCCUCCGAGUUUCUCGGCCACACUCACGACGUCAUGACGUCGCCGUUAAACUUCCCGCUAUGUCCGCUAACUCAACUCACUGUGACCGAGUCAUACGACUUGUUGAGCGGCGGCGGCAACGGAAGUUACAACUCGCCGAGUUCGUUACUGAGUAGUUGCACUCAGAAACAGAGUUUCAUGCAGAGGAGCGCCAGCAGCCAUUCCCUUCAAAACAACGGUCUCUAUUUCCACUUUGCUUCAAGCCUUAACGAGUUCAUUAACUCAGAUUCCGGGCCGGUGAGAAGAGCUUUUAGCACCGGUGAUCUAGACCAGGGGUGUCAGAGCGGUCUCCGGAGGUCGGAGAGCCCAUUGUCUAAUGAGAGUAAUGCGAAUGCCAUAAUUGAAGGAAUGAGCAGAGCUCACCGCUACAGUCCUGAAGAAAAGAAAGAAAGGAUUGACAGAUACCGAUCCAAAAGAAACCUUAGGAACUUCACCAAGAAGAUCAAGUAUACAUGUAGGAAAACAUUGGCAGACAGCCGGCCAAGAAUCCGAGGACGUUUUGCAAGAAAUGAAGAUAUUGAAAAGAAUGUUCCUCAAGUUGAAUGGGGCCACCAUGUACGUGGAGAGGAAGAUCACGAAGAAGAUGAGAAUUGGACUUAUUUUCUAGAUUCACUCGCCGCAAAUCUGAUUAUUCCUUAGUUAAAAUGGAUCAUCAGUUGCCACUCUCGGAUAGAUUAUUGUGGAACAUUU